AUUCUUGUGAAAUGCAGUAUUCAUAUUUCUACUGGAUUGAAAGGGAACAUAUGAGCUUAUUUAGACAUGCAUGGCAAAUGUGCAAUUAUCACAGAUGCUCCAUCUUCUGGCUCUGAGUUUUAUGUGUGCAGCUCCUGCCGCUCUUGCUUGAUGAGGUUUUUCACUGGGAACUAUCCAAACAAUUCUAUCUUCUUGUGCGCAUUAUCAUCUUGCACCUUUUAAAAAGUAACAUUUUCACAUUCCUAACUGUUACACGGUGGUGUGGGAAAAGUGUUUGCCGCCUUCAUGAUUUUUUUUGCAUUUUUUUUCAGCCGUAAAUGUUUCAGAUAAUCAAACAAAUGUAAAUAUUAGUUAAUGACAACACAACUGAACACAAAAUACAGUUUUUAAAUGAAACUUUUUAUUGUUAAGGAAGAAAAAAAAUCCAAACCUACAUCGCCCUGUGUGGAAAAGUGAUUGCUCCACUGUUAAAACAUAUCUUAACUGUGGUUUAUCACACCGGAGUUCAAUUUCUGUAGCCACACCCAGGCCUGAUUACUGCCACACCUGGUCUCAAUCAAGAAAUCACUUAAAUAGGACCUGCCUGACAUAGUGAAGUAGACAAAAAGACUCUCAAAAGCUAGACAUCACGCCAAAAUCAAAUGAAAUUCAGGAACAAAUGAGAAAGAAAGUAAUUGAGAUCUAUCAGUCUGGGAAAGGUUAUAAAGCCAUUUCUAAAGCUUUGGGACUCCAGCGAACCGCAGUGACGGCCAUUAUCCACAAAUGGUGAAAACAUGGAAGAGUGUUGAACCCUCCCAGCAGUGGCCGGCCAACCAAAAUUACCCCAAGAGCGCAGCGACGACUCAUCCAAGAGGUCACAAAAGACCCCACAGCAACAUCCAAAGAACUGCAGGCCUCACUUGCCUCAGUUAAGGUCAGUGUUCAUGACUCCACCAUAAGAAAGACACUGGACAAAAAUGGCCUCCAUGGCAGAGUUCCAAGACAAAAACCACUGCUGAACAAAAAGAAUAUUAAGGCUUGUCUCAAUUUUGCCAGAAAACAUAUUGAUGAUCCCCAAGACCCUUGGGAAAAUAUUCUGUGGUCUGAUGAUACAAAUAUUGAACUCUUUGGAAGAUCCAAAUGUGUCCAAUUACAUUUGGUGUCAAAGUUAACGCCGCAUUUCAGAAAAAUCAUACCAACAGUAAAAUAUGGUGGUGGUAGUGUGAUGGUCGGGGGCUGUUUUGCUGUUUCAGGACCUGGAAGACUUGCUGUGGGAAAUGGAACCAUGAAUUCUGCUGUCUACCAAAUCAUCCUGAAGGAGAAUGUCCGGCCAUCUGCUUGUGACCUCAAGCUGAAACCAACUUGGUUUCUGUAGCAGGACAAUGAUCCAAAACACACCAACAAGUCCACCUCUGAAUGGUUGAAGAAAAACAAAAUGAAGACUUUGGAGUGGCACAGUCAAAGUCCUGACCUGAAUCCUAUUGAGAUGCUGUGGCAUGACCUUAAAAAGGCACUUCAUGCUGGAAAACCCCCCUUUGUGGCUGUGUUAAAAUGAUUCUGCAAAGAUGAGUGGGCCAAGACUCCACAAUGCUGUAAGAGACUCAUUGCAAGUUAUCACAAGUGCUUGAUUGCAGUUGUUGCUGCUAAGGGUGGCCCAACCGCUUAUUAGGUUUAGGGGGCAAUCACUUUUUCACACAGGGCCAUGUAGGUUUGGAUUUUUUUUGUACCUUAAAAAAAGUUCAAAAACAAUUUAAUUUAAAAAAAUGCAUUUUCUGUACAGUUGUGUUGUCAUUGACUAAUAUUUAAAUUUGUUUGAUGAUCUGAAACAUUUAAGUGUGACAAACGUGAAAAAAAACAAGAAAAUAGGAAGGGGCAAACACUUUUUCACACCACUGUAGAUACAUUCAGUGAGGCAGAUUCUGUGGGAAAAUAUGUUGUCUUGCUUUUCAACCCAGCAAUCGUUUGGUGGCGUGGGUGGGCGGAUUGUGGUCCAGCCGUUACCAAUGUGUGUAUCCGCAUAAAUGAUGACAGUGAGGCAAAGCAGCCAUGGAACCCCACACUACAAAGCCUCAUAACCUGCUGCUGCUGUUGUGUGUGCUUACAGUGUGUGCCAAGCUGAUGCUUAUGUAUCUUGCAGUGAGAGAUGGAGAAAAAGAUAGGGCUUAUAUUUUUUUACAGGCAGUGGGAGUGAGCAGCUGUGUGCAUGUCUGCAUGGCUGUUUUGUGAGAGAGAGCUGCAUAUCCUUUCUGACACAUUGUUUGCUCUGGGGGGUUUUCCUUGACUCUGUCACAUGCUACACGUGAGCAGCCGGGCCGGGGCAAAGCAUUAUGCAAGAGGCGUUCUCCCUCCCUCACUCUUUCUUUUAUAAUGUAUACUCAUCCCACAAGGUGCCGGUUAUGCAGUAGCCUGUCUUCCUCUGCUUCAUCAUGGAUGCAUAAUGGGCAGGCUGGGAAAUGGCUGCCACUGAUGCAUAACACCACCUGCUGUUAUGUGGAGAACUGCAUAUACAGUAUUAGAAAUAAUAUAUAGAAAAGGUAUGGUUCAGUAUAUGCACAUACGUGAGCAGCAUGAAAAGAGGUUUGCAUUAUGAGCCACAUAAGUAUUUUAUAUGGCAGAUGAUCUCUACUGGGUUAUGAUUCAUGUUUUGCUGGAUAGUUACCACAUUCUGCACACAUGUUGUUUUCGGUGCUUAUUCCCCCACAGACAAUUGCCGUAAUAGAGGAAGAAGAGACGAAGUUACAUGUCUGCAUAUGGUGAGGCGAUAACACAUAAACUACAAAUAUACUAAAUAGUGGGGAAUUAAUGGCAAUGAUAAUGGUGUGGUUUAUUUUAAACAUGCAUGCUUAGCAAAGUUACAAUAGUAAACAUGAACAUAAUCAGAAAAAUGUUUGAAAAAAAUGCAACAUUUAAUUCUGAGUUUCAUUUUUGUUAUUUUUUAAAAUAAAAAAUAAUGAAACGCUCAACAAAUAUGGGUGCAGUUCCUCAGCCGGCCGCUUGAGCGGUAUUGAAGAAGUGGGCGGGGUGAGGGGGCGUACCGUCCUUUAAGGAUCCCCUCGUAGCGCGCAUGCGCAAGGAUUUGACGAGACUCCGCCAUAUUGAAUACCCGUAGAAAACGGUUAGCGUUUUCUCCCCAUCUAGCGGCGUAGAGGGGGCCGCUUUAUCCAUGGUCCCAACUCGUUUUAACGGUUAAAUAUUUGCCCUCUCGUCUCCCUGCACGUCUCUCUGGUCCAGGGGAUCGGUACGGCAUCACGACGGACUCGCUGGCGUUAGUUACAUACUUAAUAGGGGGGUGACCGGAGAAAGAAGUUGAAUGGAUCCGAGGGUAGCUUGGAUUCAGCCCGAACAGAAAGGACCUGCUAACGCCUUAUGGAUGCACGUCUGGGAAACCUCUCAGGGAGUACGGACACUCUCAGCUCAGCAGCUCCACAACCAGAACCACAACCAGUGUGUGAGUUACGCCGCGUUCGACGUUUUGAAAAAUGCGAGCAAGAGCUUUACGGGCAGCCAUCACAGCAUCAUGAACGCUUGCGGUAAGGACGCCGCCGUGUCCUCCUCGCUGGGUAUGACGCUGUCCAACGGGAACGUACAAAGCCUUUUCACCUCCGAGACAGAUGUGGGGAAGGGAAUAACGCCCCCCAAAUCUGGAUCUAUCGCUUCCUCGUCGCCGUCGCAGGAAACCGGGGCGGACAGUCCCCCAGCCGUCUGCUCGCUGGAGAAGACUGGUUAUGUAUCCGUCAAUAAAAACGUCGGCGGUGCCAGCUUGCUCUUCAGUUUGGGGGAUACCAUGGACAACAACCGCUACCACCAUCUUCAUCACAACCUACAGGACAUGCAGCACAUUUUUACUUUGCAGCAGUUGUGCGCUAAACGUCAGCAGGUCCCCCCCUCUGUACCUUCUGUGAACCACUCUCACCAUCACCAUCACCACCACCAUCAUCAUCAUCACCCUGGCCGAAGGAAAAGUGACAACAAGGCCAGCACUUUUGGGGUGAAUUAUUUGCUUUCUAACUGCACCAAUGGCAACUAUGCGAGCACUUGGACGCCCUGGAAGACGAGGAAUUACAAUCCCGGGGUCCUCGGACUCCACGAGGAGGUGAUGGACUUCUACAACUUUAUGUCUCCACGGCCGGAGGAGGCCGCCAUGAGGAAGGAGGUGGUCAAUCGAAUAGAGAGGAUCAUCAAGGAACUGUGGCCCACUGCAGAUGUCCAAAUAUUUGGCAGCUUCAGCACAGGACUGUACCUUCCAACAAGUGACAUUGACCUGGUGGUGUUUGGAAAAUGGGAGCGCCCCCCGCUGCAAGAGCUGGAACAGGCUCUUCGCAAGCACAACGUUGCAGAGCCGUUUUCCAUCAAAGUGCUGGACAAAGCUACCGUGCCAAUCAUCAAGCUUACAGACCAGGAGACUGAGGUGAAAGUGGACAUCAGCUUCAACGUAGAGACUGGUGUCAAGGCGGCAAGCUUCAUCAAAGAUUAUGUUCAGAAGUAUCCGGUGCUGCCUUACCUGAUCUUUGUGCUGAAGCAGUUUCUGCUGCAGAGAGAUCUGAAUGAGGUCUUCACGGGGGGAAUCAGCUCCUACAGCCUCAUCCUCAUGGUCAUCAGCUUCUUGCAGCUUCAUCCUCGUAUCGACACCAGAAACCCCAAUGAGAACCUGGGGGUCUUGCUGAUCGAGUUUUUUGAGCUGUAUGGUCGCCAUUUUAACUACUUGAAAACAGGGAUUCGCAUCAAAAAUGGAGGUGCCUACAUUGCCAAAGACGAGAUGGCCAUGACCAAUGGUUACAGGCCGUCCACGCUCUGCAUCGAAGAUCCACUGCUUCCAGGUAACGAUGUCGGCAGGGGUUCUUAUGGCGCCAUGCGUGUCAGAGAGGUGUUUGACUACGCCUACACCGUACUCAGUCAUGCCGUGUCACCACUUGCUCGCUCAUAUCCCAACAAGGACUCUGAAAGCACCUUAGGAAGAAUAAUCAGGUUGACCCAGGAAGUGAUCGACUACAGAGAGUGGAUCAUCAAAAAGUGGGGGGUUAGGGACCUGGCACGAACAGAUAACAGAGUGCCAACACCCAAGGAGGUGGUGUCUGAGGAGGAUCCCAGCUGCGUGCUCGACAGUGGCGUCGCCUCAGAGGAGCAGCAGAGGGACUCGGCAUCCCCCCAGAGCGCAGACUCGCCUAUGUCCAUCUCCAGUCCCCAGCAGCACUCGUCAUCCUCCUCUGUCUCCUCACUCUCCGGAUCAGAUAAUGACUCUGAUUCAGCGCCACCAUGUCCUGUGCCUCCCCCUUCUCUGCCACCGUACCCUUCAUUCCCGACGCUGGGCCUUGCUUUUCCACCGGGAUUUAGUAUGGGCACAGGCAAACCUGCAAUGGGAGGGCCCCAUCUGCUGUUGCCUCCUGGCUCACAGACUCGUGUCCAACUCCCCGGGGGUCUAACAAUGCACUCCAUACCUGGCAGACAGGUGUGUAUCGACACCGGUCUCCCUGCCUUCUUCCACAUGCACCCCUCAGCCCAUGCCCAUGCCCCCACCCCUUCAAGUCCCCAGCCUCCGCCUAGCCCCCACUCGAGCCACACUCACAAGAACGGACCCAAGUUCAACGUGAAGGCCUUCCACAACCCGCCGCUCAUCACCAACCAAGUUGUGGCCACCCGCGGACACAUGCACAUGCACAUGCACACGCACACGCACACACAGUACCAUCGUAACACUUGGCGACGCAGAAAGAGGGACAGCCUCCCGGUUAGCCCCAGCAGAUAGAGACCGCUCCCUCACUUCUAUUAUCGCCCUUCCCUCUCACAGAGACCAGCAGUUUUCACUCGACUGGGGCAACCGCGACAUGGAACAGCCGACAGCUCUGGUUGACUUUUGUUCACUGCCUUGUAGCGUUUCAGUAUUAUGUUGCUGUCAGUAUUUUGUCUUCCCUCAGUUACGGCUCUUCUCGGUCUUCUCUCGCUGUGUUUUGUUUGACUGGUGCGGCUGGGAGCUUCCAUUCACCUCUGCAACCUUGUUGUGACCCGAGCAGCAAAGCUGUUCCAGGCUCAGCGCUACAGUUUAUUCACUUAUUUUAUUUUGUGCAAUAUUUUUUGGGGGGGAGGUGGAACUAAACUAAAUGCUUAUUUAAUUUUGUGUGUUUAUACAAUAUGUCAAAAGCAUUUUUAUACAGUUUAUUUUAUUUUUGUAGUAGAGUUUUAAUUUUUUUUUACUUUUUUUUUUUUAAUGGAGCCUUUGGUCAUCUCUGGAGUGGAACCAAGAGAUGGAGACCUCGCCUCUUACCUUCUAUUCCUUGUGUGAUGCAGAGCGCGUGGAGCGGAAAGGGAUAAGGAGCGCUUAUCUUUAAUAGUCCUCACGCUUUCCCUCCUCCAUCCGUCUUGUGAAAGUAGACGAGGGGAGCCCGAGGAAGAGUUCCUCGUCGCUCCGAGGCAUCCUGGAGGGAAGUGGCAGGAAAAUUGUUGCACGCUGCGAUAUCCCGCCGGGAAGUGAGGCGAGAAGUUGCAAUUGUAUUUUGGCGUUUGCAACUGCAAGAUUGUUGCCAUAUUUCUUUCGUCACUGCCUUUUUUAUUUUUUUGUCUUUCUCCACACUGGAGGUAUCAGCAUUGUGGAAAGAGUCACUUGGGUUUUAUGCUCGGCGGUUGGAAAGAGGCCAGCGAUGACUUGCUUGCACUAAAUCUGAGCGCAACUGUGCCGUGAAGCUGUAAAUCAGCGCAGGCCAACACUAUAAGGUGCUCAGCGAUAAGGGGCUUCCCCUUGUGGGUGGGGGUGGGAAGGUUGUCCUCCUAAACCGAGGACUUGAGUCAAAGGGAUUUAUAUUUUUUGAUUCUAUUCAGGAAUCUUGGUUAUAUUUGAUUGCCAGGUACUUCCGCUAAUUGUUUGCGAUGCCUUUCUUUGUGUUUACUUGGUGUGUGUGUGUGUGUGUGUGUGUGUUGUUUCCCGCCACACAGCGCUCACACACUGUGACUGUGACGCACCAACAACACUACCAUGCACCCCCGUGUUAUUUCUAUGCAAGUGGGUUACUCUCGAUUGUCUCUGGUUGGUUCUUUUUUCCUCCCACCUCCCUGAAUGAUGACAGACAGUGCUCGUUUGGACUGGACUGGAGUCAUUCUCCUGACUCGUGUGUGAAUGUGAAUGAACCACAGCCCUGCCCCUCAGUCCUCCUAUAUUAGUAUGAAGCUGGUGACAUGUCUGAAAAGUCUAGUUUUUUACAUCUAUCCGCCAAAUGUAAGGAAUAGGGGAUUUUAUUGUCCAUGGUUGGGGUCAGUUUGUGCAGUGUGUGUGUGUGUGUGUGUGUGUGUGUGUGUGUGUGUGAGAGACAUAGUGAGUAAAGCCUUGGAAGGUUUGGAAUCAGACAGGCUGCACCUAGAGAGCGUCUUGCACUCGUGCACCUCCCCCAGACAAGCUUUUUACAUUGAUAAUGUUCAGUGCUGUUACACUAUUUAUCAUUUUUGGUUGUCUUCCCGCCCCCUUUCCCCCUCUCACUCCUUGGACAUCAACUACAUGCAACUCUGACUCAGUCUGUAAAAAAGCAGGAGCAGCUAAGGUAGAUCAUGAGCUAAUCGCCAUCAUUGACGCCAUAAAAUUAGAAUCAUUAUAUAUUCAAACUGUCACCUUUUUUAAUUGAUUGUAUUAGAACACCAUAUUCUUGAUGUCUCUAUGGGACAUGAAAUGCUCCAUUAGUAAAAAAAUAAAAUGUAUUUGGCAAGUUUUUUUAAAACCGCAUCCUUCAAAUGAUAAUGAAAUUGGUGAUGUGCUGUUUGUGGACUGGGUCAGAGUUAGCAGACAUCUUCAUGCAGUGUCUUACCGCCUCCAACGUAGCUCGCUCCUUGCUUCACUUUUUUAUCCCCCUCCCCAUUGAUAUUUUUAGUGAUGCUCUGCCUUCAAUACAUAAAAAAGUGAAGCAAUAAAAGAGCACCAUGGAGCCGUUGAGGUUCUGCCCAAAAUAUGCACAUGCAGGUGCAAUGUAGUACCCUGUCCCCCUCUGUGAUGAUGAGGGCUUUUAAACUGUGGCUGCUGUUUUGUGGAAGGUGGCGCACCCCCCCCCCCCCCUUUUUUUUUUUUUUUUUUGUCCUCUUCGGCUGAUUCAUGUGAGCGAGUGGCCAGAGGAAAACCACUUGGCCAGCUUUUGU